UCCGGACUUAAGUCAUAUCAGCGGUCGAGCCGGCUUUGAACCGGAAAUUUCGAUCUCACAUGGAAUCCAAACCACCAGCGCCAGAAUCCGCUUCACCACCGGCGAUGUCAUCAAUCCUCCUCCGACUUACCGCCGUAGACACCGCCGUCUCCGGCCGUCUCUACGCCGUCGCACAGCCCAUCCUCCCUCGUCCGCUUCUCAAAACCCUUGAGAUCUCUGGUGACGGUCGCCUCUUUUUCCCUGUUGCCAUUUCUCUUCUUCUAUCUCCGCUCUCCUCCGCUUCGCCAACCCUUCGUUUCUUCAUCGCUAAUCUCAUUAUCGGAGGAAUCCUCGACCUCCUUCUAAUCGGCCUCAUCAAACAAAUCGUUCGCCGGCCCCGUCCUGUGUAUAAUAAAGGAAUGUUCCUAACAUUUGCCGUCGAUCACUGGUCCUUCCCCAGCGGCCAUUCCUCUAGGGUUUGCUUUGUUGCUGCAUUCUUGUAUCUCUCCUCGGCAGUUAUUGGCGAGGGAAUUGCCCAACUGAGGUCAGCUCGUAUCGACUUUGUGGAUAGAUGGUUAGGUUUAGUCGACGAGGGAAAUGCUAUUGUUUAUAUUGUUUUGCUGGUUUGUUCUUGGGCAACCACCACGUCGGUCUCUAGGAUUUUCCUUGGCCGCCAUUUCGUUUUUGAUGUUGUUGCUGGUGCUUGUCUUGGAAUUCUUGAAGCCAACAUUGUCUUUCACUUUCUCAACUGUUCAGUUCUCACCUCAGCAUAUGAGAGCUGGAACUCGUGAGCCUAUUUUCCUGUAAUUUUGAUUAACAGAUUCCCGAUUGAAGUUCCUCUUGUACUGUUAGUUGUUCCAUUCAAGUUGUUAUGCAAAAUCUUUGUCUUUUCGUCUAAACAAUUUUUUUCCCAGCAUUUUGUGGAUGAAAUACAUCAGUUUCAACUAUUGGCAAAUCAACUAUAUUAAGGUUGAAUGUUCCUUUUUUUUUAAUCAAUGCUUCAAAGCAUUAGCUUUAGAUGCACUCAAAAUUUUGCUAAUCAACCUAUUUGGUUCUUCUUGUUUAUAA